CCAAAGUGAAGUAGAUGUCCGUUAAGCGCCACGACUUAUGUUGCUGAGUGGAAUUUAGUUCCAUGGAUGCUUUAAGAGCUACACUGGAUAGUACUGAUGGUCAAGUGGCUACUGUUAGUCGUACCAGUUCCCCACCUCCUUUGGAUCUUAUCAGUCCUCCACCGAUUGUUGCUGAAUAUUGGUGUCAUACACAAGUACGUGUCACCAAGAUGAAAUAUGUUUGGACAAUAAGCAACUUUAGUUUUUGUCGUGAAGAAAUGGGAGAAGUAGUAAAAAGUUCAUUUUUCUCUUGUGGUCCAAAUGAUAAAUUGAAAUGGUGUUUAAGAAUCAAUCCAAAAGGCUUAGAUGAAGAAAGUAGAGAAUACUUAUCACUCUACCUUUUACUGGUCAAUUGUGGUACAAAAAGUGAAGCUAGAGCCAAGUUUAAAUUUUCAAUAUUAAAUGCUAAACGUGAAGAGACAAAAGCAAUGGAAAGUCAACGUGCCUAUAGAUUUGUUCAAGGCAAAGAUUGGGGUUUUAAAAAGUUUAUUCGUCGAGAUGUCUUAAUGGAUGAAGCCAAUGGUUUACUACCUAACGAUCGAUUAACAAUUUUAUGUGAGGUUUCCGUUGUUGGUGAAACUCUCUCGGAAAGUGGUCAAGUUAACAAUCAACCAAUUACUGUACCAGAGUGUAAUUUACAUGAAGAUAUUGGCAGUCUGUUAUUUAAACAACUCCUGACUGAUGUCACAUUAGUUGUUGUGUCUAAUAAUCAUAAUAAUAACCAAUCGAAUGGAAAAUCACCAAGUGUUUGUGGCGGUCAUAACGCUACUACUCCAUUGCCUAGCUUGAAUUCUGUCAGUGAACAACAGGUGAGCACCAAAUUCUCCACAGCUUAUGAAUCCACCGGUGAAGAAGAAGAUGAUGAUGAUGAAGACAAUGACGAAGAGGAUCAAGAAGAGGAGCUGGAUGAAGGUGAAGAGUUCGAUGAUGAUGAUGGCGACGAGGAGCAGGAGGAGGAGGAUGAAGAUGGUCAAGAUGAUGGGGAGGAUAAUGAUGAUGAGACUGGGGCUGGUCGUGGUCGUGGUGGUGAACAUCAGGGGAAUGACAGUGAACGUGAAGAAGAGACACAAUCGAGUUAUAGAGAAUCACAGUUAGUAUAUUUUGUCGAUGGCAGUAAUCAUCUAACGUCGAAUGGUGGUGGUAGUAGCGGUAGUAAUACUGAACAGGGUGAAGCAGAGGCUGCUGCUUCUGCUGCCACAGCAACAGGAACUCAUCAUCGAAUAUCAAACACUGGAGAUAAUCAUGCUUCUAGCACAUCGUCUCAUCCUACUCACCAUCCUGGACAUGUAAUGUCUUCUUCGUCGACUACUACACUGACACUGGCUUCUACUACAGCUAAUGUUCCCACAAAAGGUGUAAUCAUUCCUAUUGCUUCAGCUACUCCUAGCUCACUAUUAGUUUCGUGUACUGGUGGCAACGCCGGAGAUCCAGUUUCUGUAAAACAAUAUCCUGGAGACCAUACAAUUAACAAUGCUACAAAUAGUGACUGGCGACUGACUUCAUCGUCUUCCAAUUAUGUUUCUACUCAGGGGAACAUAAAUCGUGAUGAUCGGGAGGUGAAACCAAAUGCCAGUUGUAUUCAUAGGUCUCGCACAUCCAAUUCAGUACCUUCAACAUCCUCUGCUUUACCAACAACUACUGAUUCGUCAUCGGCUUCGUGUAGUAGUAAAGUGAAACAAACUGUUGCACACAACGCAGAUGUGGGAAGUAGCAGUACAACUACAAGCAGUACAACAAUAAGCCAAAGUAGUUCUCUUGUGAAUAAUGUCUCAACCCCUUUGAUCACAUCCAAAGAGAAACAUGAAGGCGUUGAAGAGUCCGUAGAAGCUGAGACUUCUGGCACGUCAAGCCGUGUCCGACGGAGUACUCGAAGAAGGGGUAACAAUAAUAAUAAUAAUAAUAAUAGUACAUCGACUACCACAACUUCAAAUCGUCCGCGUAAUCGCAACACUCGUGACUCAUCACUUUUAGCCACUGUUUCAAAAGCAGCUUCAACAACUUCAUCUCAUUCCAAUCCUGCAGCAGCGACCCCAUCAAGUUCCACUGUAUGCCCAUUAAGUGUAACAGAUCAGACUGUAAAGUGUUCUAGCACAGGAUCUACGACUAGUGGUGGUGGUGGUGGUAGUAGUAGUACUAGUAGUUCAACAGUUAGUGGUGUUUCAAAUUCUAGUGUUGUCCUACGACAAUUUGAAGCACACAAAGCUAUUCUAGCUGCUAGAAGCCCGGUGUUUGCUGCAAUGUUUGAACAUGGCAUGGAAGAGUCUAGAGCUAAUCGAGUUGAAAUUACAGAUAUGGAACCAGAUACUGUGGCUGAAGUUCUACGUUACAUAUAUACUGGACAAGUUGUCGGUAUGGAUCGGUUGGCGCAUGAAUUAUUAGCCGCUGCUGACAAGUAUCAAUUGGAACGGCUGAAGACAAUGUGUGAAGAAGCACUUGUAGAAAGUCUUUCAGUCGAGAAUGCUUGUGAUAUAUUUGGACUUGCUGAUAUGCACAAUGCUGAACAGUUGAAAGCUCAUACACUUGAGUUUAUAAUGCUACAUGCUCAUGAUGUCUGUGAAACUGAAGGCUAUGAACAACUGGUACGACAUCGUCCACGUCUGUUGAAUGAGUGCUUUCGUAGUCUUGCCUCACAACAACUCCCUUUAAGAUGUUGGGCACGUAAACGUCCUAGGCAAUCUUAAAUUUUGUCUGUGUGUGUGUGUGUUUGUGUGUGUACAAUAACACCAGCAGAAGAAAAGGCAUUAUGCUUCAUCAUUCUCGCCUCUCUCUCUCUCUCCCUCUUUCUCCUCGUUAACGUUCUCCACCAUCACACAUCUCCAUUUGUAUUAAAUAAAAAUUCCUUCACUUCAGAAAUCAGAAGAAAUCACUGCCUUCUAAAUAGUAUAAUCCACCCCCAUCCCCCAUCUCUCUCUGUUUGUCUAACUCUCACGACCGCUAUCACCUUUAUUCAGUCUUUGAAGCGUGUGUGGUGUGUACCGAUUAGGUCGGUAGCUAUGUGGUAGGUACCGAUAUGUUGUUAGCGAUAAUUCAUUUUUAUACACUUAUUCCUCCUUUUUUUCUUCAUAUCUCCUCUUAUUCCCAUUUAUCACUCACAGAUGACUGACUGACUGAGUGAGUGUCAGUGAAUGAAAAGCAUUUUCUUUUUAUUCUGCCUUUAUUCCGCCUUUCUAAUGAAGUAAAUAAAGAAAAUGAGUUAAAAGGAUUUCAAAAAUAUGCCAAUAUUUGAAUCUAUCAAUAAUGAUUAGUUGUUAUCGUUGGUGUGUGCUUUUGAAAUUGUUGCAUCUUCCUUCCAUCGUCUCCUCUUCCUCCUCCUUCCUCUUCUCGUUCCGCCUCCAGUUGUACGUAUAGCUUGUCUCUUUGUGUUUAAACUAUUCUGCCUUGUUCCAUCCCUACUCUGUCUCUUUCUCACACUCACUUGCUCACUCACUGUGAUUAUGUAAUUGUUUAUUGUGUUCAAGUCCCUUGUCUUCAUAUUCCCUCUCUCUGUGUGUGUGUGUUUGUGUGACCGGGGAUGAUGCAUAGGUUGAUAUUUAAUUUUCCCCAAUAAUUCCAUUCUCUGAUGAUCCUUUUCUGGUCUCCUUUUGUGAAAAAUAUAUACAAAUGCAAAGGGAAAAGUGUGAUCACAUGUUUGUAUAUCUCUCCUUCUCCCUGUCUGUCUCACUUUCUUUCUUGCUCACACACACACACAUACACUGACCUCAUGUGCUCAUCUCCCUUGUCUUUUCUUCAAGUUUUAUGUUUGUUUAGAGUUCCCCUUUGUACGUCUCUGUUUUUCUAAAAUUUCUUUCUGUUUCUUCCUUUGUUUGGUCUUUCUUUUCUUAAUAUACACACACAUAUUGAUGUUUAUUCACACAAUUUCUACAUCUUGGUUAUGAUUACUACUAAAUAUAACAUGAC